UUCACUCUUUCUGGGCAAGCGGGGGUAAAAAGAAGUAUAAAGAGACGCAACAGGUUCUAUAUAUAGCAGCACCCACAGGCCAAUUUGCCACUUGCUGCUUGACAUUAUUGUCAAGCUAAUCUAGUCUGAAUUAGCUGAUGAUAAACGGUGAUAAGGAGAGCCGGUGUUCCGAAACCCUCUCUCUCUUAAUGCACGCAAGCAAGCGUUGACGCGGUAUUUUCCUUUAAAUUCUGCGAAGGAAACCCUGGAAACAUCGAAAAUGCGGAGUUCUCUUCCGAUGUUACUGGCUUUAGCCACUUUUUUGGUGCCGGUAUCGGUGGUUCACGGUGGGUUGUCUGGGGGUUUCCUCCCUCUGGAACGAGCAAUUCCUCUUAGCCUGCGAGUGGAGCUGCAAGCACUCAGAGCUCGCGACCAAGCUCGGAAUGCUCGAAUCUUGCAAGGUGCAGUAGGUGGUGUUGUUGACUUCUCAGUCAAAGGGAUCUCUGAUCCUUCCAGUAUUGGGCUGUAUUAUACAAAAGUGAAGCUGGGCUCUCCUCCAAAAGAAUUCAACGUCCAGAUUGAUACCGGAAGCGACAUCUUAUGGGUUAAUUGCAAUACUUGCGGUGAUUGCCCUCAAUCUAGUCAAUUGGAGAUUCAGCUCAAUUUCUUUGAUACAGCCAGCUCAUCCACAUCUGCGCUGAUUUCCUGCUCAGACCCAAUAUGCAUUUCUUCAACUCAAAGUGCCGCAACUGAAUGCACCCCUCAGAUUAAUCAGUGCGGCUACACUUUUCAGUAUGGAGAUGGAAGCGGGACAUCGGGGUAUUAUGUUUCUGACGCGAUGUAUUUUGACACGAUCCUUGGGCAGUCUAUGCUGGCUAAUUCUUCUACUAAAGUUGUUUUUGGGUGUAGUACCUAUCAGUCUGGAGAUUUGACUAAGACAGAUAAAGCGGUGGAUGGAAUUUUUGGGUUUGGUCCGGGUGCUCUAUCCGUUAUUUCGCAAUUAUCAUCACGAGGCAUUACUCCCAAAGUAUUUUCUCAUUGUUUAAGAGGAGAGGGUAAUGGAGGAGGCAUACUAGUUCUCGGUGAGAUUUUGGAGCCAAGUCUUGUUUAUAGUCCACUUGUCCCAUCACAGCCUCAUUACAACUUAAAUCUUCAGAGCAUUGGUGUUAAUGGACGAAUUCUCCCUAUUAAUCCAGCAGUUUUUGCAACAUCUAAUAACCGAGGAACUAUAGUUGAUACGGGUACAACCUUGGCAUACCUUGUUCAAGAAGCAUACGAUCCUUUAGUCAAUGCUAUAACUACCAUUGUUUCACAGUCUGCCACUCCCAUCAUUUCAAGAGGAAGCCAGUGUUAUUUGGUCUCAACCAGUGUAGGUGAUAUAUUUCCUGCAGUCAGUUUGAUCUUUGCUGGUGGAGCAUCCAUGGUUUUAAAACCAGAGCAGUACCUUAUACGUACCGAUUUCAUUGAUGGUGUUCCAGAGUGGUGUAUUGGUUUCCAGAAGGUGCAGGAGGGAGUUUCAAUUUUGGGAGAUCUUGUCCUAAAAGAUAAGAUAUUUGUCUACGACUUAGCUCAUCAACGAAUUGGAUGGGCUAACUAUGAUUGUUCUCUGUCUGUGAAUGUCUCUGUGACCACAACAAAGGAUGAGUACGUUAGAGCGGGACAGCUGAGUGUGAGCAGCUCAGAGUCAGACAUUCUCGCCAAGUUGCUCCCUUUAAGCAUUGCAGCUUUCUUUGUGCAUGUGGUACUUUUCUGGGAGUCCCAAUUUUUGUAAUUCAAAUAUGAGAAUCGAAGUUUCAUUCUUUCUAGCCCUCUGCAUUACUUGGGUCGCUGAUGUUUUUAUUUAUUAUCGGUGACCCCACCUGAUGUUGUGGUUUGGAAGUUUAGCUGUUUUGGUUCUGUAUGUGUUGUGCUCAGCAUUCUUGCAAACGUGGCAUCUUGUAUCCAUCCAUCUUACCGAAAGUAGGAUCUCACUGUAAAGGGACUCUGUUGAGAAUUUGCCAGAAUUGUAUAUUAGCUCUUGCGGAUGUAGUUGUACUAUCAUACUUGGCGUCUAUAGAACAGUCUGAUUCUAAUUAUAUCAUGGAUGAUGUUAUUGGAGGUGGGAAA